CGGCGGACGGGGCUGUAGACCGAGGUAAGGCAGAGCAAGAUGGCGGAGCUAGAAGACGUUACGCUGGAUGGCAGGCCGCUUCAUUCGCUCCGGGUGGCAGAUCUGAAAGCCGCUUUGGAGCAGCGAGGCCUUCCUAAAAGCGGACAGAAGAAUGCCCUUAUCAAGAGACUCAAAGGGGCUUUAAUGUUGGAGAACCUCCAGAGAACCUCCACCCCUCACAUUGGACUCCAGCCAAACUCCCAGAUCGGGGAAGAGAUGAGCCAGAACAGUUUCAUAAAGCAGUACCUGGCCAAGCAGCAGGAACUUCUGAGGCAGCGACUGGAGCGGGAAGCUAGGGAGGCAGCUGAAGCCGAUGAGACGGAGUCUCCCAAAGGCCCAGAUCGGGAUGAACAUUCAGCUGACAAUGACAGCACCCACUGCACCCCUUCAGAACAGGUUGUCUCACCUGUUCAGGAUAUCCAGAAGAAGCUACAUGUUCCAUCUGCUCAUGGUGGAGAGGGGGAUUGUUCAGCUGGGGGGGUGGGUGAGGAGGAGCACAUAGGAGAUGGAGAGCACCCCCAGUCAUCAGCCCCACCCUCGCAAUCAAAUGCUCACCACCUGCCACAUCAUAAUGAACAUGACAGACAGGUGGAGGCAAUGCCCUUGGACCCCUUGGCUUUAGAAUAUGGAGCUGCACACUUUUCCAUUGGUGGCAGUCGGCAGGAGCUGAGAGACCAGCAGCCUGCUGUGCUCUUUUCACCUGCAGCACUUCCCCGGGCUGUGGCUUCACUGUCAGUGCGUGUGGUCGGUGAACCAGAGAGAGCCAGAGAGGCAAACCCCUGUGCUGCAAUGGAGUUGAAUCCUGGACGUGCUCCAGUGCAGCCAGUCCAAUUAGAACAAGCAGCACGAGUUCAACCAGAGAGUGAUGAAGACAGUCUUGAUGACAAUGAAGAUAAUGAUACAGAAGAGCAUUGGCGGCGUACACGGAUGUGGCAGGAUGGACGAGGCGAACCCUCUCAUAACCUGCAAGCACGUAAUAGGUCCAGACAUAUGCAACAAAUGCCACAACACGUAUCCCCUCAGUUAUCCCACCAACCGCAGUUGCGACACCCUACUCCUCCUCCCUCACCUCCCCCAGAACUCUUGUAUCCCCUUCCUGAUACCCCCAAGCAGAGUCCACCCAAUGCGGAGGAGGUUGAUGGUGUGGCAGGUGCAGGAGUGGGUGUGCCUAUGCAGCUGCGGAGGGAGAGAUCCCCAAGUCCACUCCAGCACCAGGACAGCAGCAGCUGCAGCCCUGGUACCUCCAGCAGCCCUGAGCCUCAAGGAGCCGGUGGGAAACGCAAGCCUGGACCACUCACCCUGCUGGCACGGAAGAUGGAGUCCGAGGGUGUUUUUGCUGGGGGCAAGGUGAAGGGCCAACCUGAAUUUGAUGAGCCACAGGUAGUAGGGAGUACCAGUUCUCUUACAGGUGCUAGUGCUGCUGUUGUGGCCACUGUAAAACAUGUAGAUGGUGCUUUGUUUCUCUCCUCUGACCAGAUGGGUAUAGAUACCAGUUCAUCUCCUCAUUUAGUCUCAGCUGCACUGCCCACCAUUACUUUUGCUGCUACCACAGCCUCAGCACAUAGCCAUGGGGUUGUUGUGGCCAACAAAAUGGAAGAAUCCUUGGCUUUUCUUGAUAAUUAUAGGAAUCAAGAAGAGAGUAUUACUAGACAGGGGGAGGAGAGAUUUGAGCAGGAAAAGCAGGAGAGGGAUCGACUUGAAAAGGAGGUACAGAAACGAGAGCUAGAAAUGGGAUUGGAGAAGGAAAGACAGGAGCAAGACAGAAUUGAGAGGGAAAGGCUUGAGAAGGAGCGGCUUGAGAGAGAGACCCUGGAAAGAGAAAGGCUGAAGAAGGAACAGGUCGAAAGGGAAAGGCAGGAGAGAGACAGGCUCGAGAAGGAGAGGGUAGAGCGGGAGAGACUGGAGAGGGAAAGGCUUGAGCGGGAGAGACUGGAGAGGGAAAGGCUUGAGCGGGAGAGACUGGAGAGGGAAAGGCUUGAGCGGGAGAGACUGGAGAGGGAAAGGCUUGAGCGAGAGAGACUGGAGAGGGUAGAGCGGGAGAGACUGGAGAGGGAAAGGCUUGAGAGGGAGAGACUGGAGAGGGUAGAGAGGGAGAGACUGGAGCGGGAGAGGCUUGAGCGGGAGCGACUGGAGAAGGAGAGGCUUGAGCGGGAGCGACUGGAGAAGGAGAGGCUUGAGCGGGAGAGGCUUGAGCGGGAGAGGCUUGAGCGGGAGAGGCUUGAGCGGGAAAGGCUUGAGCGGGAGCGACUGGAGAGGGAAAGGCUUGAGCGGGAGCGACUGGAGAGGGAAAGGCUUGAGCGGGAGCGACUGGAGAGGGAAAGGCUUGAGCGGGAGCGACUGGAGAAGGAAAGGCUUGAGCGGGAGCGACUGGAGGAGGAGAGACUGGAGAGGGAAAGGCUCGAGAGGGAAAGGCUAGAGCAGGAGCAGCUAGAGGAGAGACUAGAGAAGAAAGAUUCAAUGGAACAGAAGAGGGUUCUGAGAGAUAAAACACUGGAGAUGGAAAAGGCUGCAGAAAGGGAGCAAGAAGAGCAGGAGAUGGAGCAAGAAAGGGUGCCGGCAAAAGAGGAGAGCUGUCUCCCUCCAUGGAAACGCGGACGAGAGUUUGGGGGACCCUCUUCCUCCUUGCAGCCCGCGGUUCCUGAGGUUGAAAGAAGUCAAGAUUCUAUAGCCAAGGAAAUGAAGAGGCAGGAGCCUGUCAUGGGCCACCUUCAACUGCAAGUACCAGCAAGCCAGCCCAGCUUACCUCUUUCACCCCAGUCCUCAGCUAAGAAGUUCCGUUUCCUUCGAGAAAGCCAGCAGCCUUCCUCACCUUCUUCCACAGUCCCAGUCAUAAGGAGACCUCGCACAUUUUCAGAUACGCCUCCUUCAGUCAAGGAAGGGGACUUCAGUCAAGCUGCCUUUAUUGAGAAGACAAGCAUUACUGUACAAAAGGAUAUGGAGUCAGAGACAGAGGGGCCAUUUAUGGGAUCCCACAUUUCAGCUGUCAUCGCAAGCAAACAGGCAUUGAUGCAGACACCAAUACGGCAAGGUGUUCUUGUUGCAGCAUCUCAGCACACACCUGAAGUGGAAUCACUUUACCCAAAAACAAGGUCCCUUGCAGAAAAAGGGCAGCUUAAAGAGCAGCAGAAACCAGAUCAUCAAGAACAGAAGGAUGAAACCAAGAGAAUACUGGCAGAGGUCCCACGAGGAACUGAGGUGAAGGGCCUGUCUGCCCUGCCCUUAUCAACUGCAUUGGAGGAUGCGGAGACUGAGCGGCAGCUAAAAGGACAAUCCUCAACGCCCUCUGAUUCAUCUUCCUCAGACUCCGACUCUGAGUCUUCUUCAUCUCGUUCCUCAGGCUCCUCUUCCUCUUCUACUUCCUCCUCCUCUUCCUCACAGGACCAAAGCCCCUCUGAUUCCAGCAACAGAAAAUCUGCCAGCAUUCAGAAAGGGACCCGAGUGUCUGGGUCUCGCAGCCAGCGUGAGAAGUCCAAGACCCAUACUCCACCUCGUUGUAAGAAGACGGGACCACGGACCCUGGAAGAAGAGGAGGGGAAUUUUUCCACAGACGGCAAGAACCAAGCAAAGAAGCCAUGCCUUGAACAGCCAGAAGAGAGUGAGGAUGAACAGAACAAAGUAAAGGAUGGAAAUGGAGGCAAGGAAAUUCACAGACAUCCAUCCAGGGAGGUGAAGCCGGUGGCAAUGGAGCUGCCUGAUCCGGAGGUGGAGGAGAUCUCGGAGAACAGCGAGGUGCCUGCUGAGGAGAGCACAACUGCAAAAACAUUCCCAGUUCGCAAGAUCUCCCUAAGCACCAGUAAGCCUGCUGCAGUGUCCACUAUGGGCAGUACAUCUGCCUGCACACCCGUGGUUCCUGCCCAGGAGUCACCUGCAGAGGGCGAAUGUGCCGGACCGGGCAGUAGGAAGAGGAGAUGGGGCUCCAGCACAGCUGUCACUGCCAAGAAGCCCUCCAUUAGCAUCACUACAGACUCACUCAAGUCUCUGAUUCCAGACAUCAAACACACAGUGAGCCAGGAGGCAGUGGUGGACCUGCAUGCAGAUGAAGGGCACCUCUCCGUAGAAGAUGAUGCUUCUGAACGGGAUGAGAGGGGAGGUGAAGACCUGGAUCCAGGCCUCACAAUUCGCCGCACAGUCACUCAGGUGGUUCUUGCCGAGAGCCAGGAGAAUGGACAGAGGGAUGCAAAGAGAGAAGAGGAAGCGGCCCAAGAAAGCAAGCAGAGUGAUGAGGCAAUUAAGGAGGAACAUAAGGAUGUCAUAUUCCAGGUUCCCAAGGAAACAGAAGCCCUUGCAGUUGCACAGGAGACAGAGACAACGAAAGUGGUGCCCAGUGACAUGCUCGUACGUCGAUCCAUCAGCCAGCAGAAAUCAGGUGUGUCUGUCACCAUUGAUGAUCCAGUUCGUUCUGCAAAGCAACCCUCUCCCCCCCGUGGCAACAUCACCAACAUCAUCCACAUCUGUAACUUGGUGAGGCCAUUUACUUUAGGACAGCUGAAGGAGCUGUUGAACCGGACAGGCGCCAUGCUUGAGGAGGGCUUCUGGAUUGACAAGAUUAAGUCUCACUGCUAUGUCACGUAUCCUAGCACGGAGGAGGCCGUGGCGACCCGCACGGCACUGCAUGGGGUCAAGUGGCCUCAGAGCAAUCCAAAAUUCCUCAAUGUGGACUUUGCCCAGCAGGAUGAGCUGGACUUUCACCGGGGCCUGCUCGUGCCAGAUCAGGCAAGAGAGGAAUCUGGAGCCCCUCCUCCUCGGCCAGAACGUGACCAGUGGGCGGAGCGAGAGCGAGAGAUGGAGCGACGGGAGAGGACCCGCGCGGAACGCGAGUGGGACCGGGACAAGGUGCGGGACUUUGGCAAGCCCAGUGAGGAACGACGCUCCCGUUCACGGGACAGAGAACGGCGGAGAAAGGAGCGCAAGGAGAAGAAAGAGAAAGGGCCAGAGGAGCCACCAGCCAAACUGCUGGAUGAUCUGUUUUGUAAAACAAAAGCAGCUCCAUGUAUUUACUGGCUUCCCCUCACUGAAGAGCAGGCUGCACAACGGGAAAUGGAGCGUGCGGAGCGCAUGAAGGAGCGGGAGAAACGGCGGAAGGAACUGCAAGAGGAGGAGGACCGAAAGCGGGAGGAAGAGCGUAAGGAGAGGAUGAAGGCACGGGAGAAGCAGGCAGGACCCAGCACUGGCGCGCCUUCCGGAAGCAGCCGGGGCACCGGAGACGCCGAGCGAGACCAGGACAAGCGAAGAGAGGGUCACAGAAGUCGGGCGCCAGGAGGCAGUGCUGGGGGACAAGGCUCAAGUCGGCGAUCUCGGAGCCGCAGUAACCCACCUGGUCGGGACCGCAGGCACUGAGGCGCAGCACUCCCCACUUAGUCUCCACUUGACUUUGGGAAAAGCACUUCUGUGUUUUCCAGUUCAGGCUCUCGUACACCCGUGGCAUUGUAGAAAAUUUUGCCGUGUGUUCCGACACACACCUCACACUUUUGCUCACGUGUGAGACACACCCAGACAUAGAAGGGGUUGACGUACCCCUUUGAUGACUGCCUGCCUGCCUGCCAUGCUGUUCUGCCUCAGGAGGGGGUCACGAUUUGUUGAACUCUCCCAACCCAAAAUAACCUUCUCUUUUUCUCUCUUGCACCUCAACCUGCCUCUUUGUCUGACAUGCAGUGUUCUCAGAGUGUGAUGUCCUGGAGCAGUUUCUGUCUUCUCCCUUUUGGGUGUAUGACUGGCUGAUACUGCAUCCAUUGCUGCACUCUCCACAAGUGUGUGUAAUGAAAGUUUUUUUUCCCUUUAGUUCCGUUUUGUUUUCCUUAAAAUGUGCUGUAUCUCAUGAUAGUUACCCAGAGUCCCUGGUCUGAUUACUGGGAACUGCCCUCACUGUCACACAUUCCAUGUCCUCCCUCCCAUUGCCUUGGGAAAUGUUCUCUUAAUGCACAUCACGUAGAUCCUUGUGGGAGGUGUCUGUUUCCUGGAACCUGGUUUUUGAGAUGUCUGCAGAGGCCUUGCGUAGCGCACUGGGCCACAUUUGAGACAAAGCCUUUGCCAUGAGCUGCCAUACAGCUAUGAGCUUGUCAUCUGUUCAGCCCCCUCCUCUCCUCGCCCCCCUUCAGUCUCCAUUAUAAAUAUGAUGGACCCUGGAGCAAGUUGGGAUAGGUGAGUUUAACCUCCUUUUAAAAAGACUGUUUUAAUUUUUUUUAUAAUUUUAGUAUAAAGAUUUCUUUCCUCCUGUAAGUGCUGAAUGUACAAAGAAUAAAAAAAAAUAAGUUUAAA